AUGAAAGUAGAGAAGGCUCGUCUCGAAGCAACUCUGGAAGCAUUGCAGCAAGAGAAAGAAGCUGAAGCCGCACAAGUCGAAGCAACGGUGAUGGAGGCAGCAGCUGCAGAAUUUGAAAUGGCAGAAGAGGAAAAUAAAGUCAUCUUCAAGCUUCCAUCACAGACCCCACAACAGCGCACCCGUGAGUACGUGAGGCGUCACCCUGACGUCAGUGCCAGCAAUCAGGCACCUCAAGAGAGAGACGGGGAUCCAAGCAACACCUCACAGGUAGACACAGUCCCCCAUGUACCAGACAGUCUAGGAAAGGCCACGUCAUCACUACCGCAUCCAGCAAACGAUGCCACGCGGCACAGUUGGAGAGUGAAGCCAGAAUUGCAGCGUAGCUCUCCCUACCCUAACGACCAAUCGCCAUACAGAGCCACCGAUCGGGCUCAUUUAAGGGACAAUUCAGCCACAUCUGAGCUCGCCAAAUAUCUAGCUCGGAGCCAGCUCGUGUCUUCAGGGCUUACCAAAUUUGACGAUCAGCCGGAGAACUACCAAGCUUGGAAGUCAUCUUUUCUCAACGCCAUUGAAGAUUUGGAGCUGACCGCGGGAGAAGAGCUUGACUUGCUCAUCAAGUGGCUUGGAAAGGAGUCGGCAGAACAUGCACGAAGGAUUAAGUCAGUCAACGUUAGAUAUCCACCUACUGGACUGAAGAUGAUUUGGGAGAGGUUAGAGGAGUCUUACGGUUCACCAGAAGCUAUCGAGAAAGCCCUGUUCACAAAGAUAGAAAACUUCCCUAAGAUAUCCAAUAAAGACCACCGGAGGCUUCGCGAGCUCGGAGACAUGUUGCUGGAGCUAGAGGCGGCGAAGCAGGAUGGGUACCUACCCGGCCUAACGUAUCUGGACACAGCCAGAGGAGUGAAUCCCAUUGUGGAAAAGUUGCCUUAUAGCCUACAGGAAAAGUGGAGGACACAAGGGUCAAGGUAUAAGCAGGAACACCUCGUCGCCUUUCCACCCUUCUCCUUCUUCUCAAGUUUUGUGCGCAGCGAGGCUAAAGCACGAAAUGACCCCAGCUUCGACUUCUCCUCACCCCCUACUCCCCCUGGUAAGCGAGAGCAGUUACCCAGAAGUCACAGCAAUGCACUCGCGCCUGUGUCCGUCCACAAAACCGAUGUGUCUUCUCCACGUACACUUCCGAACACAGACAAUGGAGGAAAAACAAAAGGAGAUCCUGAUAGACAGUGUCCAAUCCACGGAAAACCUCACCCGUUGAAGAAAUGCAGGGGCUUCAGAAGUAUGUCGUUAGAAGAUCGCAAGCAAUUCCUGAAAGAGAGAUCUAUCUGCUACCGCUGCUGUGGUUCAACUGAACACCAAGCAAGAAACUGCAAAGUAACUGUCACGUGCUCUGAGUGCAACAGUGACAGGCACCCUGCAGCUCUACAUCCUGGACCAGCUCCAUGGGUUUCAAAACCUCCUCUUCCUCCCUCAGAGCAUGGCGGGGAGGAAGAAGAUCCGUUCCCUCCAGCUGUUACAUCCAAAUGCACAGAGGUAUGUGGAGAAGGCUUUAGUGCAAGGUCAUGCGCCAAGAUAUGUCUGGUCAAUGUCUAUCCUAAUGGCCGCCACCAGGAAACCAGGAAGAUGUAUGCUAUCCUGGACGAUCAGAGUAACAAGUCGUUAGCACGGUCAGAGUUUUUCAACAUGUUUGACAUCAAGGGAACCACCGUACCAUACACCCUGAAAACGUGUGCUGGGGUAGCCGAAACAGCUGGCAGAAGAGCUAUUGGUUACACAGUAGAGUCUGCCGAUAGGAAGACCAACCUCUCACUCCCUACCCUAAUAGAGUGCAAUCAAGUCCCAAACAACAGAGCAGAGAUUCCCACUCCUGAGGCUGCCUAUCACCAUCGUCAUUUGAAAGCCAUAGCUGAUGAGAUACCACCUUUGGACCCAGAUGCAGACAUUCUUCUGCUUCUAGGAAGAGACAUUCUGAGGGUGCACAAAGUCAGAAGGCAGUUCAAUGGCCCUCAUAAUGCCCCAUAUGCCCAGAAACUGGACUUAGGGUGGGUGAUCAUAGGUGACGUAUGCCUUGGCAGUGCCCACAGACCUACGGAGGUGAGCACUAUGAAAACCUGCGUCUUGGAGAACGGACGCCCAAGUCUUUUUAGCCCGUGUGAGAACCACAUCAAAGUGAAAGAGAAUUUCAGUCUCCGCGGUCAGCACCAAAGCUUCUCACAAACUCCCAUGCGAAGCUCAUCUGCCACCACGAGUGACGAAAACCUGGGACAAUCAGUCUUUUGUCAAACCAAAGAUGACAACAAGAUUGCGCCGUCUAUGGAAGAUUUGACGUUUCUCCAGGUAAUGGAAGAAGAAUUCUUCAAAAAUGAAACAAACAGCUGGGUUGCUCCACUGCCGUUUCGCAAACCAAGGAGAUUGCUUCCUAACAACAGAGAGUAUGCUGUAAGUCGAUUUAAAUCACUCCGUCGCACACUGGAGAAGCGACCAGAAAUGAAAGAGCACUUUAUUGAGUUCAUGCAGAAGAUACUCGAUAACCAGCAUGCAGAGCUUGCACCUACUCUUCAGGAAGGCAAAGAAUGUUGGUAUCUCCCUACCUUCGGAGUGUACCACCCACGGAAGCCUGGGCAAAUCCGUGUGGUGUUCGAUUCCAGUGCACAGUUUGACGGCGUCUCCCUCAAUGAUGUACUGCUUACCGGGCCAGAUCUUAACAACAGUCUCCUGGGAGUACUCAUGAGAUUUAGACAAGACCCAGUCGCCAUCACUGCUGACAUUCAGCAAAUGUUUCACUGUUUUGUGGUGCGAGAAGACCACAGAGAUGUUUUGCGCUUCCUCUGGUAUCGCAACAAUGACCUCAGCAACGACGUCGUAGACUACCGUAUGAGGGUUCACGUUUUUGGAAACAGUCCGUCACCAGCAGUGGCCAUCUAUGGUCUAAGAAGGGCAGCCAGAGAUGAAGAAAAAGAAUAUGGCUCUGACGUGCGACGUUUGGUAGAAAGAGAUUUCUACGUGGACGACGCACUGAAAUCCUUCCCUUCUGAGGCAGAGGCCAUCAACGUUCUAAGACGAGCACAAGAGAUGCUGGCGGUUUCUAAUCUCCGGCUCCACAAGAUAGCUUCGAACAAAACAGAAGUAAUGGACGCAUUUCCUGCAGAGGACCGGGCCAAAGACAUCCAAGACCUGGAUCUCUCUGUGGACGACCUGCCCGCUCAGCGGAGCCUUGGAGUGAAGUGGAACAUCAUGCUUGACACGUUUACAUUCGAAGUCCCAGACGGCCAAAAGCCUUUCACACGCCGAGGUGUGCUUUCAACGGUGAAUAGCUUGUUCGACCCUCUCGGGUUUCUAGCCCCAGUAACCAUACGAGGAAGACUGCUCCUCCGAGAACUCUCUUCAGAAGCAAGUGAAUGGGACACUCCACUCUCUGAGAACAGACGCGAAAAUUGGAAGAGGUGGCACGAUUCCCUGCAGGAUUUAAGGCACCUGCACAUCCCACGCACUUACACCACUACCUCCCCUUCCAAGGCCCACCAGGUAGAACUCUGCGUCUUCUCAGAUGCUUCCGUGGAAGCUAUUGCUGCGGUAGCUUACCUUAAAGUCACAGAUCGAAAUGGAAAGCAUGAGGUUGGCUUCGUCCUUGGAAAGGCUAAACUAGCUCCACAGCCUGAGCUGACUGUACCCAGAUUGGAGCUCUGCGCCGCGGUGUUAGCCGUUGAGAUUGCCGAACUAAUUGUUGAAGAAAUAGAUCUGAAACCAGACAACAUCAGAUUUUACACUGACAGCAAGGUAGUGCUUGGCUAUAUCUACAACCAAACUAGACGAUUUUACGUAUAUGUGAGUAAUAGGAUCCAACGCAUCAGACAGUCCACCCAGCCGGGACAAUGGAGCUACGUUCCCACGGAACUUAAUCCUGCUGACCACGGCUCACGGUCUGUUCCUGCAGACCAGCUCGCCAGCACCACAUGGCUAACAGGACCAGCAUUCCUGUACGAUUCAUCAAGACAGGUCUCUGAAGAAGCUUCAUUUGACCUCAUCGAUCCUGAGUCUGACACCGAGAUCCGCUCUCAGGUGACUGCCCUUGUCACUGAAGUUUAUGAGAAUCAGCUGAGGUCAAAACGCUUUGAGCGUUUCUCCAACUGGAAAUCUCUCACGCAAGCAAUUGCCAGACUUCAUCACAUUGCUCACUGCUUUACUCGUCCAUCACCUGACAGCAACUGUGUUGGUUGGCACAUCUGCAAGAAAGGCCUGUCAGAGGUUGAGCUUUUAAAGGCUAAGAACAUUAUUAUUCAGAACAUUCAGCGUGAAGUCUACCUUAAAGAAUUAAAAUGUAUCGCCGCUCAGCGCGAUCUUCCCACACAGAGUCCACUCCUGAAGCUUCAUCCCAUCAUCGACAGCGACGGCCUGCUACGUGUAGGAGGACGCAUAGUACAGUCAGGUCUGGAAAAGACUGAAACAAACCCUCUCAUCAUCCCAAGCCACAAUCACGUUGCUACCUUGCUUGUACGCUAUCACCACGAAGAAGUGAAACACCAGGGCAGGCAUUUUACAGAAGGUGCUAUCCGAGCUAGCGGAUUAUGGAUAAUCGGAGCCAAGAGGUGCAUCAGCAGCGUUAUCCAUAGAUGUGUAUCUUGCCGGAAACUGCGAGGAAGAAGAGAAGAGCAACAAAUGGCUGACCUACCUGCUGAACGUCUGCAAACGGAACCUCCCUUCUCUUAUGUGGGGCUUGAUGUUUUCGGGCCAUGGGAAGUCACCUCAAGACGUACUAGGGGUGGCCAAGCUAAUAGCAAAAGGUGGGCAGUACUUUUCACCUGCAUGUGCACCAGGGCUAUCCACAUUGAAGUAGUGGAAUCAAUGAGCUCUUCGAGUUUCAUAAAUGCAUUACGAAGAUUCUUCUCCAUCAGAGGUCCCGCCAAACAGCUACGAUCAGACUGCGGUACCAAUUUCGUCGGUGCUUGUAAGGAAAUGAAGCUGGAUUCUCCAAGCCUGGACCAGACAAGAGUGGAGAAGUUUCUCCGCGAUCGGAGAUGUACCUGGGUGUUCAAUCCCCCACACUCAUCGCAUAUGGGUGGCACAUGGGAACGGAUGAUUGGGAUUGCACGGCGCAUCCUGGAUUCCAUGCUCCUUCAGGUCGGACGUCCUCAGCUAACGCACGAGGUACUAAUCACGCUUAUGGCAGAGGUCACUGCCAUAGUAAACGCAAGACCUUUAGUUCCCGUGUCGUCGGACUCUGAAUCGCCUCUCAUCUUGACCCCAUCUAUGCUUCUGACACAGAAGAUUGGUGCACCACCUUCCCCACAGGUUGACUUUGUCAAAGGAGACCUGUUCAAGAAUCAGUGGAAACGGGUGCAAUACCUGGCCAAUACCUUCUGGGAUAGAUGGCGGAGUGAGUACCUCAGUACUCUGCAAGGCCGCAGGAAAUGGCAGUUUAAAAGGCCCAACCUUAAGGAAGGCGACAUUGUCUUGAUGAAAGAAAGUCAGACGAGGAGGAACGACUGGCCAAUGGGAAUCAUUGUGAAGACUUUCCCCAGCAAGGACGGAAUGGUCAGGAAAGUGGAGGUGAAGGUUGUCAGGCAAGGGACAACAAAGACCUUCUCAAGACCCAUCUCAGAAGUAGUCCUUCUCUUGUCUCCAGAAGAUAACUGAGAUAUGUAUGUUUUAGUUAAUAGUGGAAUUUUAGCAAUUCCAGACGGGGAGUGUUCUGGACUCGCUUUAUGUUUAGUGCCACCUAGUGGUAAUUCUCAUUAUUCUCCAGUAAAGCAAUUACUUCCUGUGUUAUGUUAGGUUAUAGGAAGUGAGAACCUAGAGGUUUGGAGACUUACAGUUUAUACAUGAGGCUAGUGUUGUGCAAUGCUUGGCAACAAUCCUGCGUCAUCCUCACUGCAUAGUUCUUAAGAGAGCAAUAUCUGUAAGUACGUUUAUUAUUUACACAGAUAUCAUUGAUAUUAACAUAUUAUUACUGAAUUAAGUCAUUAUUUUUGACAUGUUUUUAAGAUGUUUUUCAUUGAUGUUAUUUAGCAUGUAAGCUGCAUCGGAUAAGCAGCUAGUUAGCUAACUAGCUAUUUAGUACUAGUUAUUCGUAGCUACUGCAAUACUUACCUUAUACUCAUCUGUUUUAUGUGUAGUUCAUGCUGUUAUUUUACUGCACUUAGGCAGUGUCAUGUGAAUAUUACUUAUAUUGUUGUGAGAAUGAAUACUUACAUGAGUAUGCAUUUGUGAUUUGUAUUUGCAGUUUCACACUUUUAUUCAAGUAAAGCCUCUAAAGAUACACCCUGUCUCUUGGAGAAUCAUUUGAAUGAGUGUUUAGCUGACUGGAUAGUUGGAUACGAGUUACAUUCAU